UUUACAAAAUUGAGAAUAGCACCCACAGUAUAAGAAAGAGAUAGCGCAUGCGCAAUACGCAUGUCGAAUUCGUCACUCAUCGCUCGCUUUGGCCGACACCUUGGUACAGACGAUUUUCAUAAUCUGCUAAAUUUGCCAACGAGAAAAUACAUUUAGAAUAAUACAAAAUGCCGAAUCAAGUGUUAACUAUAGAACCACAAAAUGAACUUAAAUUCAAAGUCGAUUUCUCAGGGCUCUUCGAGCAAGGCUGCACAACCUACAUGCGGCUUACAAACCCAUCAAAUGAUACAGUGCUCUUCAAAAUAAAGACGACUGCACCAAAGAAAUACUGCGUGCGUCCCAAUUCUGGAGUAAUUGAACCGAAUUCAAAAGUGGAAAUUGCAAUUACGCCGCAGCCUGUGUAUGUUGAUCCUAAUGAGAAACACAAACACAAGUUCAUGGUUCAAAGUGUUAUUGCUCCUGAGGGAAAGACUAAUAUUGAUCAAGUGUGGAAGGAAAUAAGCCCUGACCAGCUUAUGGACUACAAACUGAAAUGCGUCUUCGAGACUCCACGUGGCACCAAUCUCAAUGACGCCGGCGAUACCGCCGCCCAGAAUGAAGUAACUAAGAAACGGGUUGCCGUUGCAGAUGAAGCCAAGUCUUCCACUAAGGAAGCCGUAGAAAGUCUCAUCCAGAAUGAAGCAAAGAGGAAGGAUGAUAACCACACAACAGGAUCUUUAAGCGCGAAAACGGCUAUAACUCUGACUAAGUCUGAAAAUGUGGAAACCGAUCUACAAAAGGCGGCUUUAGAAGUAAUUCUUUUGAGGGAGGAAGAAAGCAAAUUAAGACAUGAAAAUCUGCAAUUAAAAGAGGAGCUACUGCGCCUGCGCCAGUCGGCGGGCGGGGAAGGGCGUGUGACGCGUGCUCACUCGUACGGGCCGGAGAAGAGCGCGCAGGUGGCGUUGAUGCCGUGGAUAGCCACCGCGGUGGGAAUGGCCAUAAUCGGCAUCAUCAUUGGCAAGUUCCUCAUGUGAACGCCUCCGGAACCGCGGCGACCUGGCAACACUCACAGACAUCGCUGUUACAACACUCCCGACGCAUCCCUCUCGCACAAGGCAGCUUAAUUUUGUAGCGACUUCUCCGAGCUUAUGUCAUACCGUCAUUGUUUUCUUUAUUAGGAAUUCCACAUCUGGCUUAGUGCUAAAUUCAAUUCCAUUAGCUGCGACUUUCCAGGCGUCUCUAAUACUAAUAGGACUUUUUAUAAAAUCAUUUGAUUGUUUGAUUUAAAAUGGCUUUCUCCAAAUAAUGAACCAAUCAUAUCGUCUGCUAUCCAAAUGUGCAUACAAAUAACUUGUAAAACAUUCAUUGUCAUGACAAUAUGAGAUAAUGAUGUAAGUAUAAAUACUUUUUGGUAAUGCGUUUCUUAAUGACACCAAUAUAAUAGUGUUACAAAAGCAGUAUUCCAUCUAAAUACCUAAAAUAUAUCCUUCAGAAUAACAGCUAAGAAAUCUUUUACAAUUAUAUUGUAAAAUCGACUUUGAUAAAAAACUAUUUAUCAAUCUUUGUCGUUUAAAAUGGGUACGUUGUACAACACUUAUAUAAUAUAUUUAUCUCCAUACCAUUAAAGUAGUUAUUAGUUACUUAUUUUGUGUCACUUUCUAUCUUAGGUCCUUUGCCACAUGUGUGAUAGUGACUAAACACGUAUUAGGUGAAACGACGUGAAUAAUCUUUUCAAAAUAUAAGUAUUAGUUUGAAAUAUUGAAGUUGUUAAUGUGAAUAUUUGGAAUCAUAUUAUCAAAUUAGUGUUGUAUUAUGUAUGAACUACAACCACAAACAAACACAUGUAACAAACAGUAUUCACAUGAAUUAUUGUACAAAGUAUUUGGACUUAGCAGUUUUAUACUGUUUAAAACAAAAUGUUAGUUCUUUUUACAUUUUCUAGUUCGACCUGGUUGAAUCAUUAAAUCUUAUAUUAUUUAACGACAUGGAAAGCAUUGCAAACAUUCAAUAUCAUUUAAUCUCUUCUAUCGACGAGCGACAAUUUUUCUGAGUUGUUUUAAUGUACUGGGCCUAUAGAAAGGUUCUCGGUCUUAACCCCAUCAGUUCUUGAAUAUGUAGUCUAAUGAUAAUUAAUCGGUAGACUCAAAUGUGUGCUUUAAUACUUCAAGUCAACAUUGUUGGAGAUUUACCAUCACAACAUUGAAAGACGAGCCCUGAAGCUAUUAUCGGGAUGACGUAUGAUCAUUUGCGACAGUCUCAUUUUGUACGAGAAAUCGCGGUAUAUUUAAUAUUUUUUCCCUUCUGAAUCCCAAAAUGCGACCAUAUUGCUGCUAAUAUAAAUCACAGAUCUUGGUGACAAUGAUGAAAUAGCAUUCUCUACUAUUGUAUGAGACAUGUGGCGCUAGUUUCAUCAGUAUUUAUGUAAAAUAUUAAUAGUUUGUCAAUAAAGUUUCCAUUUUCUCAAUAAUGGAAUUAUCGCUUUCUAUAGAAGCUCGAGUCAAUAGAAAGCUGUGGACUAUAAAAUAGUCGUGAUGGCAUACAAACGCACCUCUACGUGACUAUGUUAUACAGAAAUUAUCCGCUAGUUGCAGCCGCAUUCCGGCAAUUACCAAUAAAACUUUAAUCAAUUUAUUUUGCAUUCUUGUACUGAUAAAGUACCUUUUAAGACGACCCCUAACUAAGGGUUAGACCGGGAACUUUUCAAACAACCCGAAUACCUUUAAUGACAUAUUCCCAAUGGGAUUAUUUGAUCUGUGUGCUCUUAUUUACGUUUGACUUACGAUUUAAUUAUCUCGGAAUGUUGACAUUAUACUCCUUGCCUUUCGAGACAUAUUGCAAAUAAUUAGUGUUAUGUAAUAAUCAAUAUUUAAUGUAGGCUAUUGACAGACAGUAAUGUGUAUGAAAUAUGAAUAUUGACAAUCCAUAACAUGUAUAUCAAUAAGAACAUUUUACCUAAUUGAAAACUUUUUGUAUCUUAUUCCUACACGCGAUUGUGAUUUUCUGCUUGCCAGGUAUGCAAGUUUAUGCUUCAUUUUUGAUAAUUGCCCUUAAUUGUUAAUGUUAUAAUAUUGUAUAAUAAUUAUUUCCAUAAAGGUUCGUAUAUGUUAUCCAUACCCUCAGUCUUAAAAGUGUGUACUUGUAAGUAGGUCGUAUUAAUUUAACAAAAAAAAAACAAUUACGGGGCCUCUUUGAGCGAAAGUUUUUAAGUUAUAGUUUUAACUUAGUCAUUCAAAGCGAAAAAUUUAAUAUUACAACACUUGGUUAUUGGAGGUGUAAAAGGAAGUUUAGUUCAUAUUAAUUAACUUAUUGUCUCUUAUCUUUUGACUAUCGGCUUUUCCUUAAAAGAAAAAGCUGAGCUUGUGCUGCCGAUGUCUACUACGUUUCCAAUUAUCUUACUCAUUUAGGGGUACUUGGUCACAAUAGUUUAAUUUAUUACAACGAAUUUUUUAUUUUAUAAUUUUGACGAUGUCAAUUCAUUAAUAUUGUUCAAAUGGAAGAGAAAAAUACAUCUCAUUUAUUGAAUUAAUAUAUUUUGUUUUGGUAUUUGUUGCGCAAUUAUAUUUAUAAUGGAAAUCAGAUUUGAAGCAACUACUUGACCAUUGACACGUGCUCAGCGGGAAUGACAGCCAGUGAGGACGCUCGCUUGUAUUUAACUAUUAUAGAUAAAAUGCGGCCCGUCUGGCCUUAGCUGAGCUUUAGUAUUGUAAAGUGAAUGUAUAUUACGGCGGCAACACUGUGUAGCUUUCUGUCGUGAAGCUCAGCUAGUGUCGAACUGAGAUGAAGGUGCGAUGUGCGGAUAUAGGAGUAAAUUGUUUGUAACUCGAGCGUGGCUCUGUUGAGUAACAUUAUAUUCAAUAUAGAUAGAGGUCAACGUGUCAUCUUUCAUAGCACAUUUUGAUCGUAGUUUUGUGUCCGUAUAUUUAGAGAAUUAAUCACUCUGAAUAUUGCAUUUUUAACUGUAAUUUUUAUUUGUGGUGAUCUGUUAUAAUACUAUCAGAAUGUAUGAAUUAAUUUCGCUUAAUUGUAAUAACGUGAAAUGGUGUAAGGCUUAUUCUGCAGAUACCUCCAUAUGGGUUCUGUAUAAAUAUGUUUCGACAUAAAUUUGUUUAAUAAAUGUUGUAGUAUUUGCCAACCAUUUCUGCUUUGUCAUGUCAUAUAAGGUCAUUUGUGCAUCGAUACUAGUUUAUUUUUAUUAACAAUAGUAAACAUUUAAACUUUCCUUAUGGUAUUGUUGUUAUAUUAAACAAUUAUGCUCUAUUUUAUCGUUUCUAAAAUAAAAGACUUAAUUUAUGA